ACAACUGUGGGUCUCCUCCGCCCGCGCCCCGUUUCCCUUCUCUUCUGGGUCCCUUUUCCUAUGGAUGGAGACGAGCUCCCGAAACGACCUGUGGGCUCCAGUCGCAGAGAUAAUAGUCUGGACUGGAGGGCGAGGCGGAAACGUAGUAAAUGUGCUGCCCGUAUUCCUGCUGCCCUCGGCUGGGAAACAACUAGUCUGUGUGGCAAGACCAUUUCGCAACUUCCAACACGGCACGUGACGCAGCUGUUGUGGGGCGAGAUGACGUAAUCCCCGGGCGAGCGGCGCUGCCAGCGUCUCGCACACCUCCUCCUGGAACGAUAAGCUGCAUGCGAGCCGCUCGGUGUUUGCCUCGCUCAGUCAGUGUGGGACUGCAGCAACCCACUCCCGGGGCGCUUUGCAGAAAACAACAACAUGCAGACGUUGAUUCCUGGGGAUAAACAGGCCGCCAAGCGGUCAGAAUUUGCAGCUGUGCUGCAGUAAUUAGCUCAACUGCUGAACGUUCGGACUAUUUUUUAAAAAAGGUUUUUCAGUUGACUGGCUCUUGCCAGCUACAGCUCAAAACGGUAAAUGAAGGAGGACGGAAAACGGUGCUGGGAUGCGGCAGAAGUGCUGCACCUUCUCAGGUCAUUUUGAAUGUGCAUUUCCCUCCCCCAGGAUGGAGGUGUAGUGAUGAGGAAACAGCUUGUAGAAUUUGUUCUUUCAAGCAGCUGUCCAAGCUGGAAAAUGCCUCUGUCUCAGAGAACCAUCUUGCGGCCCGCCUGCAGCAGGAAGCUUUGCAGAAAUCUCUUUGGACCGGUUGAUCACGAACAGCUCCAGGAGGACUUUCAGGCCUUGAUGAGGGCCCAGCUGGAGGAGGCCCAGCAAAGGUGGAACUAUGACUUUGAAACGGACACCCCACUCGAAGGGGUCUACAAAUGGGAGAAGGUCUCCCAUGUUGAUGUGCUGCCGCCGCAAGACCUGUUGAGCCACCCAAAGGAGAACCAUUGUGCUGGUGAAAAGAGCUUGAGCUCCCCAGUGUGUCUCAAGGUGCAUGCAAAGAUGGACAAUCCUGUGCAGGCAGGCUUUGAGGCUUGUAAGACUGACUCCACAAGGGGUCUGAAACGAAAGCAGACCAGUAUAAAAGAUUUCUAUAGCUCAAAACGCAGAACUGUCCCCUAUAAGUCCAAUCCCUGAAUUGCAGUGCAACCCAAAUGUUGCCAUGCAGUCCUUGGCUGAAGAUGCUGACCUGUUCUUCACUGCUGUUGUCUGGAAUGGUCUCUUUGGACAGAACACUCAGUGACAUCACCAAGAUGGCUUUUGAAAGGAGCAACUGAUCAGUUGGGGAUUUAUGCUCCGAAGCGUCUUGCAGGCCUCUUGUAUUUUACAUAAAACUGUAUAGUGGACUGGUAUAACGCUCUGGAAGAAUGUAGAAUUUCUUCUCCUUAUUUAUGAUCAGCACUGGAGCUUUAUGUACAAUGUAAUAUUUUCAAGCUGUAUCUUUAAAGUAACUUAAUUGUGGGUGGGUGGGGGAAAGAACCUAUUUAAAGCUAACUGCAAUACCAGUAAGAAGGGAUCAGUGCACAUUCUGUUAAUGACCGAGACCAUAUCUACCACCCAAGUCAUUUGCCAUCUUUCAUGUAUCUGCCACAGAUGAAAACUUUUAUGUGGCAGGAAUCACUUGGCAGGUGCAAGGCCUAAAGUACCAAUAUCUCUAAAGGAGAAUACUGUCCUAGUUUGACUCUGGGUUUCCUUAUCGUACUAGGUAAAAGUGGGGUGAGUGAAAGCUAAAGAAGUGUGCUAGUCUAGCAAGCUAAUGUCUUUAUGAAUGAUGAAGACCUUUGUUAUGGUGAACAGUAGAGGCCCACUUAGCUGUGGCUUCACAAACCUAAUACCUAUAGUACUGCAGGAAGGAUGAGGAUUCCCUAUUCGGACAAUAGUAGACAGUUUAUAGAUCACUGUUCUUAUGCAGUUCUUUACUGCAUAAUGUAAAAUGUUUUUCUUUAUCGGACUGUUUAAAAGUACUGUUGGCCACAUCUCAUAAAUAACACUAGCCUGGGAGAAAACAUUCCCUGUGGUAGCCAGGAGUCUGAGCUCUGAAAUAUACCUCACUACUUUCUACUAGUUUCUACCAUAAAGUCUAACGUAGACCUGUUGAGAACAUAACCGAUAUAGCCACUGGACUGGACUUGGUACAGUACAAAACCUCCCCCACACAACUUUGUGUCAAGUGCUAUAACUGGAGAAGUGAAAACUGUAUGGUUUAGUUCAUGGUGAGUAGUAGCUAGGGUUGAUGUGGCACACCCUUUGAUUUCAAUUGCCUUAUCUCCCCUGGGCAUGGAGCACUUGUGGCAGAGGAUGAUAAAGGGCUUACUCAUACAGUACAUGCUUUCUAAGGAUACCUGUGUUCUGUCCUUGAAGGAUGGUGUAUUUUCAAACUGGCAACUACUUGACAAUCAUCACAUAAAACUACAGCUCAGUUUCUUUCUCAUUUAUAAAAUAAUGUGCGAGCUUGGAUUCUUCAUUUUGAAUUUGAAAAGGAUAUUCUAGUUGUCCCUGUCUUGUCAAAAUCCUAACUCUUAAUACUGGGUAUAGUGUGUAACAUUGCAAUUCAAGAAUCUCCUCUUAAAAUGGUAUACAAGCCAAAUCUACAAUUUUGGUUCUCACGUACUACCUUUUGCAAUAGGUGUUGGAAUUGCAAAGUGGGGGCAAUAUUCCAUUUGGUCCCAAUCUGCUGUGUUCGGCUUCUUGGAGAGCUGCUGCUUCAUUGAUUAUGAAAGCAGGUGUUGCACCUUGACUGCAGAACUUGAUCACUUAAUGUGUUUAGUUAAUGAAGCAGGCACUUGAUUUGACUGCAUCUGCCUCACAGAAAACAAAAUUCCUGUAGACCUAGGAAAGGGUUCUGCUAGCAGCAUUGCUUAAUGACUUGUAUAGUUUUACUGCAGACAGGUGCAUGCAUGUGUUCUUGGAGCCUUUCCUGCACCUCUUUUUUGCUUCUGAGCAAAAAGGUGAAGGUGUGGGGAGAAGAGAUGUUUGUGUACCUGGUGAGUGUCAUGGUGGGGUGGUGGUGGUUUCCAUAGCAGCACAAAAGGAAGUAUAAGCAGCCAUAUCAUUAUAGAGUGGUGGUUUUUGUUUCUUUUUUUGUUUUAAAGUGGUAAAGCAUACAGUUCUCAGAUGAACUGUAAAACUGCAGCUACUCUAAUCAUGAAGGACAACUUGCAUGGUUUUUUGAAGGGUGGUUUUGCUAGUGUGCUUAUUGGACUGAAGUUCAUGUUUUGGGAUGUAUGGUAAGGGUGUGUACAGAACCGACUAGCCUGGUUUGAGACUGGACUGGUUUCAAACCUGACUGUCCAAGUUCGGUCUGGCCCCCAUCGAACCCCCGUCCAGUCCGGAGGGGCGGCGUUCACAAUUUUUUUUAAAAAAAAUAUAUAAAUAAAUUAAAAAUGCCUCUAACGCCUUCGGGGGGCUUCCUGUAGGCCGCGGGGGGCGGGGGCGGACCACGAAGGUUCCUCCUCCCCCUGCUGGCCACUUAAAUCACCACUGCGGCCCAGGAAAAUGCUUCAUUUUGGCCCUUUCGGGUCUCCGUAAGUGCGUGCGGCAGCCAUUUUGGCCACCACAGCACAUGCAUAAAUGGCCUCUGCAAGGCCUGGCGUGACCCAGGGCCUCGCAGAGGUCAUUUGCGCAUGCAUGGUGGCCCACUGUGCAUGCGCAAACAACCUCUAUGAGGCCCUGGGUCAUGCCAGGCCUCGCAGAGGCCAUUUAUGCAUGUGUGGCAGUUACGGAGGUCCAAACGGGCCAAAAUGAAGCGUUUUCCCAGGCCAUGGCAGGGAUUUAAGAGCCUGGCGGGGGGGGGUAACCUUUGCGAACCCCACCCCCACGGCCUACAAGAAGCCCCCCCGAAGGGGCUAGAGGUGUAUCCAAAAAAAUAAAAAAAAUUCGUGGACUUGUCCGGAGGUUUGGUUCCAGUCCGGAUGGAACUGGGGUGGGGUUCAGUUCAAUCCCGAACUCCCGAACCUCUGGAUCGUUCUUUACAUCCCUAAUGUAUGGUGGUCCAUAUCACACAGACAUCCACAUGGUGUAAAAGCCAUCAUUUCAGAAACCCCGUUUCAGGCACUUUCUUAAGCUUUGCCUAUGGCUUUCUGCUCUCCAUGGAGAGGCAUGGCCAUCUUGUCCAUUGCACUUUUGCAUUCAGGAUCAUGCUAGGACUUCUAGCACUAAUCUAUUUGUUGUGAAUUAUAUGCUGCUGAACUGACUAAGCCUAGGGCUUGUAAAUAAAGCAAGUUCAUAAUGAA